CCGAGCAGCUAUUUAAGGCAGCCGUCGGUUGGGAUGGUGAUAGCGUCAAAAUGGCGACGAAGUGGACACAGUGGUUGAACGAGCACGAUGCUCUUGUCGAUUAUGGUCAACAAGCUCCGUCUCCAUCGAAGGAUUUCUUCCAUAUAUUCGUUUCACCAGACGAGUUCAUCUACCGGCUAUGGAAGAUUGUUCCCCCAACCCGAUCCGACUACCAGAACAACCCACCAUCGGAAGUGAGGAAUUCAUGGGAGGACUUCGUCCUUGAUGACAGACUACACAGUGAGCUCCAGAGAGUCGGUGGCAGCAAGACCCUGGACUACUUGCUGAACGUCGCCAACGGCCACCUCGACUUCCUCCCACGUCUUCCCCGCAACAUCCUCAUCAAGCUCAUCAUGAUGCUAGACCUGGAGGACAUCAAGGCUCUCAGUCUAGUGUCACAUUUUUUCAAAGAUUUGUGUAACAGCGAUGAACUGUGGGAGAAGAUCUACCGACAGAACAGUGAGACUCCCAUCACCGAAGAGUUGCAGAGCCUGGCCAAGGAACAUGGCUGGAAGGAUCUGUUCUUCACCAACAAGCUUCAGUUGCAGAAACAUUUAAGACGCCAGGCGGAAAAGCAGACUCCUAGUUCCCAGGCCUUCUUGACACAGCCGAUGGAAUAGAGACACUGCUCACACCAGCUGAGGUUGCGUCAUCAAUCAACCACAUCCGUCCAUCUUGUCUGUCUACCUCCAGCCAAUCACAGUCCAGCCCUUGCACCACAUGACCAUAUCUUGAGCUGAUGGUAUCUCCCUGAUAGAGCCAGGCCGAGAAUCCCAUGCUACUGUGUGGUAGUACGUAAUUGUCCUUGAGUACAGAAUGAGUUAAGUUGACUGGAUAAAUUUGAAUUUUUGACUGUUUCAUAAUUGCGAAUAUUAGACCUAAAGAAAUAAGAGAACUGGUUCUCAGGCAAUGACUUUUGAAAAUAUAGUGCAGGCGGGCGGUGUUUAUUUAUUUUUUUCGAUUGUUCAAACUAGCAUAUGACCAAAUAAACAGUUGUGUACCAUCAACCUGAGACAGGGCCUCCCCACAUAAACAAGAAUACAAACUCCUAUUGCUGCUGGGACCAUAACACAAUAUGCAGAGUACAGCAGUGUACAUGUAAAGGGAAGUAACUGCCUGCUAUUUUGGAUCACAUUGUUUUCAAGUAUUAGGAUUUUUGUAAAAUGGAAAUAAAAAUGAAACGGCAGACUUUAUGAUGAUGCGGCCUUGCCUGAGAACCAAGACUAUUAUUUUUUUUAGCCUUAAAAUCUUCAACAAAAUAACAAUAACCUUCAUAAAAAAGAAGAAUAUUAAUUUGUUUUCUGUUACAAGAGAUGUAGAAACUGAGGAACAUGACUCUUACAAGGAGGGAGCUCUGAGAUGCUGACUGACAAUGCCUGUAGUCUUCCUACAUUAGGAUAAAAACUGUUCCUCUAAGCUUUCUGGCAUAUCUCCCAAGUACAUCAACACAGCCUAGUACACAUUAAUAGUACGUUUGGGGGCACGGGUGGCCCAGUCGUCUAACGCGCCACGAUUCGCUGUGCAGAGUUGCGUCCCUUGGGCACGCCAGAAACCUAUGAUUGUGGGUUCGAAUCCCGGUUCGCCCCGAUUAUGU